AUGUACCAGAGGAUUUUUAACAAAAUAAAUUUGUCGAAAAAUUUGAAAAAUAAUUUUUACUUUAAACGAAAAUUCAGUGAUACAAAAGAACAUGUGGAAAUAAAAUACAUCAAAGAAGGUAAAAAGAAGUACAUGUUGUACACAGCUGUAGCUUCAUUAUCUUUAUCAAUAGGUCUGACAUAUGGAUAUGAAAAUUUUGUACUAUAUAAAUGGAAUAAUAAGUAUGAUUAUUCGUACAACCCUGAUAUACAAUUAAUUGAAAAAAAAGCAAAAGAAAAAAAAGAAGGAAAAAGAGAUAAAAAGCAUGUAGCAAAAAAUAUUAUAUUAGUUCGACAUGGACAAUAUGAACGUAAAAAUAGACAUGAUGAAGAUUCAAAACGAUUAACUAAACAAGGAUGUAAACAAGCUGAUAUCACUGGAAAAAAAUUAAAAGAUAUACUAAAUAAUAAAAAAAUUAGUGUUAUAUAUCACUCAGAUUUAAUAAGAGCAAAAGAAACAGCACAAAUAAUAAGUAAAUACUUUCCAAAUGCUACAUUGAUAAAUGAUCCCAAUUUAAAUGAAGGAACACCAUAUUUACCAGACCCAAUUCCAAAGAGCUCCAAAUUUGAUUCAAAUAAAAUUAUGGUUGAUAGUAAAAGAAUAAAUAAAGCAUAUGAAACAUAUUUUUAUCAACCCACAGGUGAUGAAGAUGAAUACCAGUUAGUAAUAUGUCAUGGUAAUGUUAUUAGAUACUUUUUAUGUAGAGCUUUACAACUCCCCUUAUUUGCUUGGUUAAGGUUUUCAAGCUACAACUGUGGUAUUACUUGGCUUGUUUUAGACGACGACGGAUCCGUUAUAUUAAGGGAAUUCGGUUCUGUAGCGCACCUCCCCUUUGAGAAUGUUACGUAUUUUUAG